UGCAAAAUGUUUGGGAGGAUCUUCUCGACGUAUAAAAGGUCGAAAUCAUCCGAAACCACUGCUCAGUCUUCUAUUCACAUUCAUCGUGGAACGAGCGCCCAACAUGAAGAUACUUUUACUGACCUGUCUUCUGGCUUCCGCGCUUGCGGCACCCGCAGAAAAGAACAAGCGAAACGUUCUUCCUGGCGACCCACGCUACGAUGCCCAACAUGACCACCACCACCAUCACCACCACGAGGAUCAUGACCACCAACAGAAUGAAAUUGAAAUCGCUAAGGCUUUGGGUGGCUAUGUUGGAACUUACGACAGCACACUGACGGAAUAUGGAAUUCCCGGUUUCCAACCAGGAACUCCUAUCAGCAGCAAUAAUUUUGUAAACACCAACUUCGACGCUGGCAAAACAAACAUCAAUGCCUACGAAGUUGAGAUCGGCGGUGCACAGAACGCCAAACAGAUCGAAUCCGUCACCGAAAGCAGCCUCAGUUUACCUAAGGUAAAGUCAGUCACUGUUGUUCAAUCUCAGGGCAUAUCACAGGCUGAUGAUCUGGCUCAAUCAGGGAACUUCGGUAUCAGCAAAGGACAGGCCAAUAACCUUGACAAUACUGUAAUAUCAACAACAGCUGCUAGUGUCGAAACUUCUUCAGUACCCAGUGCGUAUACCGAAGAAGUUACCAAAGCAUUCUCUGGUGAUGGCAUCUCAACUGUUGGAAACUUCGAAUCACCCUUCCAAUCUGAGAUAAGUUCCUCUUUUGGACCUUCAUUCGAUUCUGGCCUUAGUACUUCCCUCGAGGACCCAGCUUUUUACUCGCUACCCUCUACUGCAACACCUUUCAGCGCAGCCGACGUUAGCACGUUCGAACAAGCAGGUUUCAACCCAUUUGGUUCCAGCUUCGGCUUGUCUUCAGACGCUAGCAAGGGUUCAUCGGUAUCUGCUGAUGCCGGCAAGGUAAUCGCAGAAUCUGCUCCAAAAAAAAUCAAUAUAUCCACCGAAACGGUCACUAGAGGAUUCGGCUCAGCCAAUGAUGGCCUGGCAACUCCUUUCCAGCCCCAGUUCAGCUCCUCUUUCGGAGCUGACUUCAACUCUCGACUCGGUUCCUCGUUCAGAAGCUCGUCCCCGUACUCAUCCUCCCUAGGCGCAACACCUUCUAGCGCAGCCGACGUUAGCACGUUCGAACAAGCAGGUUUCAACCCAUUUGGUUCCAGCUUCGGCUUGUCUUCAGACGCUAGCAAGGGUUCAUCGGUAUCUGCUGAUGCCGGCAAGGUAAUCGCAGAAUCUGCUCCAAAAAAAAUCAAUAUAUCCACCGAAACGGUCACUAGAGGAUUCGGCUCAGCCAAUGAUGGCCUGGCAACUCCUUUCCAGCCCCAGUUCAGCUCCUCUUUCGGAGCUGACUUCAACUCUCGACUCGGUUCCUCGUUCAGAAGCUCGUCCCCGUACUCAUCCUCCCUAGGCGCAACACCUUCUAGCGCAGCCGACGUUAGCACGUUCGAACAAGCAGGUUUCAACCCAUUUGGUUCCAGCUUCGGCUUGUCUUCAGACGCUAGCAAGGGUUCAUCGGUAUCUGCUGAUGCCGGCAAGGUAAUCGCAGAAUCUGCUCCAAAAAAAAUCAAUAUAUCCACCGAAACGGUCACUAGAGGAUUCGGCUCAGCCAAUGAUGGCCUGGCAACUCCUUUCCAGCCCCAGUUCAGCUCCUCUUUCGGAGCUGACUUCAACUCUCGACUCGGUUCCUCGUUCAGAAGCUCGUCCCCGUACUCAUCCUCCCUAGGCGCAACACCUUCUAGCGCAGCCGACGUUAGCACGUUCGAACAAGCAGGUUUCAACCCAUUUGGUUCCAGCUUCGGCUUGUCUUCAGACGCUAGCAAGGGUUCAUCGGUAUCUGCUGAUGCCGGCAAGGUAAUCGCAGAAUCUGCUCCAAAAAAAAUCAAUAUAUCCACCGAAACGGUCACUAGAGGAUUCGGCUCAGCCAAUGAUGGCCUGGCAACUCCUUUCCAGCCCCAGUUCAGCUCCUCUUUCGGAGCUGACUUCAACUCUCGACUCGGUUCCUCGUUCAGAAGCUCGUCCCCGUACUCAUCCUCCCUAGGCGCAACACCUUCUAGCGCAGCCGACGUUAGCACGUUCGAACAAGCAGGUUUCAACCCAUUUGGUUCCAGCUUCGGCUUGUCUUCAGACGCUAGCAAGGGUUCAUCGGUAUCUGCUGAUGCCGGCAAGGUAAUCGCAGAAUCUGCUCCAAAAAAAAUCAAUAUAUCCACCGAAACGGUCACUAGAGGAUUCGGCUCAGCCAAUGAUGGCCUGGCAACUCCUUUCCAGCCCCAGUUCAGCUCCUCUUUCGGAGCUGACUUCAACUCUCGACUCGGUUCCUCGUUCAGAAGCUCGUCCCCGUACUCAUCCUCCCUAGGCGCAACACCUUUUAGCACCACAAGCUUCAACACGUUCAAGCAAUCAGGUUACAACCCCAGCUUCGGUUCCAGCUUGUCUUCAAAUAUCAACAAUGAAUCAGCUACGUUAACUAGCAACGCAAAAGCAGAAUCCAAAGCCCAGAGUAAAGCCGCUUCUUCAGAUUACAGCAAGAAGAUCAUAGAAUCUACUUCUACAAAUAUCGAGACAGCCGCCAAAACGUUUCCAGCUAGUUUCGGAUCAUCUGUUGAUAGUUUCACAGCCCCUGUGAAAUCCAAGUCCGACUCUUUCUUCAGAUCUUCCACCAACACUAGGCUCAGUCCUUCCUUCGGAAGCACAUCAGAUUUUGGCACAUUCACGCAAGGCAGUUAUAAACCCAGCUUCGGCUCCAGCUUCAGCUUCUCAUCGGAAGCUAACAAAGGUUCGACCAAAUCGACUAGCGCAACAAACAUAGCAUCCAAAUCAGGCAGCAGCAAAGCUUAUCCAGAUGCCAGCAAGACGACAGUAAAAUCUGCAGCUAAUGCAGCCAAAUCGUUCACGGAUACAAUCUCCACUAAAUCUGGCUUAGAUAUUGACAACUUGUCACCCCCCUUGGAAACCAAUUAUGGAUCGUCUUUGGGAUCUACUUUCGGCUCUGGUUUUUCUUCCAUCGAAGGCCCAUCCGUCUACUCGACCUCCUUUGGUGCAUCGCCUUCCGACACUCUCGGCUUCAACAGGUUCCAACAAGUCCAGUACAAUCCCAGCCUCAAGCAAACUUACACCUACACCCCCAGCAUCGAAGGCUAUAACAAUAACUUCGGAAUCUACAAUAACAAUUAUGGCAGGGUGAACGGUUAUCAGGAUGCUGAUUACAGAACUUACCCUACCGGUGUACGCAGUUAUUCUGGAUUUGAACAGAGUUUGAAGGACACAACACUUAACGGAAACGCCCAAGUUAGCUACCCCCAGUCAUACUCUUCAGACCUCACCGGAGGCGUACGCUAUGUAGCCCCUCAGUCCUUCCAAUACCAAUCUGUGUUCCCCACCCCCCAAAGCGUAACCCCUUCCCCAUUUCCCACAACCGUCUCAGUAACAGAAGCACCUACUCAGUUUAAAUUCGAUUCGGCACAGUCGUACUUGUCGCCAUCAAUCGAGCAAGCCGUACAGCCGAACUUCUACGUUUCUCCAAAUCAGCAAGAGCUGUUCAAGAACUACCAGAGCACUGUCUUCUCAGUUGAACCUACUCCCGCUACUUUCCCAAGGCUGAGUCAACCUGAAGUUAAGAUUUCAGAAAGUUCUCUCUCGGGAAUCAACCAGCAAACAGAUGCUGAGGGAGGCUACAUUUACUAGGUUUAGAAAAUUAUACUCUUGUUUGUAAAAAAAAUCCACUGAGUCAACUUAAUAGAAGUCACAGAGACCUAUUCAAACAUGGGUACUAUAGCCCUGCUUAGCAUUCGUGGCAUACAUGCUCGCCUUCGGUAGGCUUCAACCUGUUAUACUCAAAUAAAAUUCCUUUGCUAUAAA